AUGUCGAGAAGCCAGUCGAGUCUCGGAUAUAUGGAUACCGUCCACGAGCCCUCGGCGCAGGGUGCAUCGCCCUCGUUUCAGCAACAGUCGGCAAACGGCCCGAUCAACUUGUCCGGCCUUGUCUGCAAUCUGCGCAGGACCACCGGCAAGGAACCUCCUCCUCUUGUGGGCGCGACGACGACGAUCCUGGGCGACAAGCUGUACGUCUUUGGCGGUCGCAUCCUCUCUCGCAGUCGCCCGCAGUUGACCUCGGAUCUAUACGAGUUAGACCUCAUCCGGCGCCAUUGGGCGCGGGUCGAACCGACCGGGGAUAUCCCCCCGGCUCGAUACUUCCACAGUGUAUGUGCGCUCGGAGAUAAUAAGCUAGUAUGUUAUGGAGGCAUGUCGCCCGCGCCGACAACACCGAGGGACCCUGCCAAUCCUGGGGCGUCCGGGCCCGAAAGCCAGUCCGAGGUGGUGGUGAUGUCGGAUAUCCACAUCUUCGACGUUCCUUCGCGAACAUGGACGCGCGUGGCCGCCCAUGAGUCGCCGCAAGGCCGAUACGCACACUGUGCGACAAUUUUACCAUCCAGCGCCUCGUUCACCUCGGCGAGUGCACCACUGUCAGCAAUCCACCACAAUCCCGAAUCGGCGACGCCACACCAAGGCUCGAUCGGCGUCGAUAUCGAUGGAUUUGGCGGGGCGGAGAUGGUCGUGGUUGGUGGGCAAGACAGCUCAAAUCACUACAUUGAGCAGAUCAGUGUCUUCAACCUGCGCAGUCUGAAAUGGACGAAUACAAGCCCAUUGGGCCGCAGCUGCGGUGCCUAUCGCAGUGUGGUUGCUCCCCUCGUGGGCAUGGACGUCUCCGAGAUCGGCUCGGCGGCUCCCAAUCGUGAAACGCAUGAGCCGGUUGAGAAGAGUGAUUUACCCGGCUGUCCAAUGCUGAUCUACUCCAACUAUAACUUUUUGGACGUGAAACUAGAGCUGCAGGUGCGUCUGCCGGACGGACGCCUUGUCGAGCGACCGAUGCCCGCCCAGGCAUCACCACCGGGGCUACGCUUCCCCAACGGCGGUAUCAUCAAUGGCCACUUCGUCGUGAGCGGCACGUACCUCACCUCUUCCAAGCAAGAAUACGCGCUCUGGGCGCUUGACCUGAAGACGCUGACCUGGGGCCGCAUCGACGCGGGUGGAUCGGUCUUUGGUCACGGUAGUUGGAAUCGUGGCAUUCUGUGGCCGCGUCGUAGCGCCUUUGUGAUUCUUGGGCAUCGGAAACGCAGCUUGGUGGAAGAUUAUAACCACCGACGAAUCAACUUCUCGCACAUCUGUUUGGUCGAACUGGAGGCCUUUGGUCUCUAUAACAACCCAUUAGAGACCGCUUCCACGUCUGGAUAUAAAUCCUACAGUGCCCCCUCGGUGCCAGCAUCUCUGCAGCAGAAGCUGUCGCAGCUGACGAUGAGCGGGCGGCCAUUAUCUGCAGCAUCAGAUGAGCUGGGUAGACUGGCACUCUCAUUGCAGGAAAUGUCGGAUAUGGAGCUGCAAGCCGUCGGUGGUGAACGGCUGCCUGUGAACUCACGCAUUCUCGCUCGCCGAUGGGGACCCUAUUUCAUUCAGCUUCUCAGGGAAUCCUCCGACAGCGGCGCCGCGGAUGUGAUGACCCGUCGUCUGGCUCAUGUGCCACCCAGUCGAAAUUCCAGCAUCACCAUCACUCCUUCAUUGGGGCCUCACAGCACCUAUUCGAAUGCCACCACCCUAGUUAACUCGGCGGUGCCCUCCAAGGCUCUUCUCGAGAACUUGGAGGCUCCCUCUGCUCACAGCCUUGCGCCCACGUCGCGACCACGUGUGCUCUACCUUCCACACACUAUUCUCACCCUUCAAGUUCUCGUACAAUACCUCUAUACCUCCUCCCUACCGCCCCUCGGCUCAUCCCUGUGUACCCCGCAGAUUUUGUGUUCUCUUCUUCAAAUCGCCCGUCCAUACCAGAUAGACGGUCUCCUUGAAGCCACCGUGGAACGUUUACACCAAGUCCUAGAUGGACGCAAUGCCGCUGCCAUCUUCAACGCUGCUGCAAUGGCAGCAGGAGGCGGUCGUGGUACAGGGUUCACAGGUGGACUUGGCGGCACCUUGGAAGCCUUGAACGGAGUCAACAGCAGCCGCCAGGCUCCCAGUCAAGGUGGCACCAACUCUCAGCACAGUGUGCUCCUGGCCUCCGACUCUUCCGACACCGAGCACGGUGGAAUCACGGCUCCCUCCGCAUCCAGCAGCAGCAAUGACCUCGCCGGCAUUACUCGAGGGCUACCCGCGCUGCGCAUCAACACCAACCUCUCCCGAUCCCGCAGCCGCUCCCGCAUGCGUCGCGAACGUGACGAUUCCAUCAGCGACCCCAGCACCGCGACAUCUGUGUCUAGCGCUAGCUUCAGCCAGUCCGAUUCGGAAUUCGUGAGCGACAGCGAGAGUCGCACCGCAUCACGCGCCCAUCAUCGCCGAGACACCGACGCCCAGCUUCGGCCCGAGCGUGAGAUCUGGACCGGUGACCUGAGCAGCGUCAUCGGUUUACAGAAGCGAGGUCUGCGGGGGCUUAUGGAAGGGAGAAGGAUGCGCGAACGGAGUGCAAAGCCUCCCAGUGUCAGCAGUGGUUCGGCGUCUGGUAUGCUGCCCUCGGCAGGAUCAGACUACCACCUGCCUGUUCAGGGAGUAGCUGGGUGA